AUGGCUUGUUCGACAGAGACAGACUGGUCUUUGUUCACUUUACUGGAUCAACACCAAUUGGCCCUCAGGGAAACCUCAGCAAAACCCCACGUUGCCAGCCUCAGUUGUGAAAUGUCUAGCUCCGAGGUACUGAGAGCAAUAGAAAAUGUUAUUGAAGAUGUUGUCAUGAGUCUGUCCACAAAUAAAGCACCUAUCCUUAUCCUGAAAAACAGAUCUGACUGGGGAAAUAUACAGUUUAAAGAUGCUGUAGGUUUACAGAUGAUACCUAAUUGUACCACACGAAAAAUAAGAAGUGACAAUCCUAAAUCAGCACCAAAGUUUGCUUUGUUUCUUAAAAUAUUAUCUAUAAUCUACAAGAUGGUUCAGACAAACAUUUAUGCAACUAAAAGAGAUAUAUUUUACACCGAUACAGUACAUUUUGGUAAUCAGAGGGUUGUGGACAACAUUAUAAAUGACAUUUCCUGUAUGCUCAAGAUACCCAGGAGGAUGCUACAUAUUCUCUCCACUAGCAAAGGGUGCAUUGCUGGUAAUCUUAGUUAUGUUGAGGAGGAUGGUACAAAAGUAAAUUGUACUUGCAGUACCACAGCACCUGUACCAUCUAAUGUAGAAGGAAUAAGAAAUUUGAUUACAGAUGCAAAAUUUAUUCUAAUUAUAGAAAAAGAUGCAACUUUUCAGAGAUUGUUAGAUGACAACUUCUGCAGUAAAAUGUCCCCAAGUAUAAUAAUUACGGGUAAAGGUGUACCGGAUAUCAAUACAAGACUACUAGUCAGAAAGUUAUGGGAUACGUGUCACAUACCUAUCUUUGCUCUCAUGGAUGCUGACCCACACGGUAUUGAAAUAAUGUGUAUCUACAAAUAUGGUUCUGUGUCUAUGUCAUUUGAAGCCCAUCGCCUCACAGUUCCAGCUAUAAGAUGGCUUGGCCUCCUUCCAUCUGAUUUUUAUCGGCUGAAUAUUCCCAAGUGUGUACUAAUUCCAUUGACUAAACAAGAUCAGAGUAAACUAGCCAGUUUACAGGCAAGACCUUAUAUUGCUCAUCAGUCAGCCUGGAAAAAAGAAUUAGAUAUUAUGGAAACAACUAAAAUGAAGGCUGAAAUUCAGGCUUUGACUUCAUUUUCAACAGAUUAUCUUUCCAGAGUAUAUUUGCCAAACAAGCUGCAAUUUGGUGGAUGGAUAUGA